AUGGGGAUGAUGGAGGACAGCGGUCUUUGCCUUCUCUGCGACGAGGAGCCCUUCGUUCUCAGCCCGACACCUCCACCUGCACGAGCUUCUCCUUCCUCCUCGCCUCCACCGUCGAUGGUUAGCAGCGCCGCCGUCGAAGACCGCGACGUUAUCCUGCAUGAUCUCCUGCGGAGGGAGCACCGGUACUUGCCCUGCCAUGGCUACUCCCAUCAGCUGCAUCGAUCUUCCUAUCUGCCUGCCGCAAGAACCAGAGCGAUACAAUACAUCAUACUGGUUUGCAACCGGCUGAAUUUAGCCACUGGCACGGCGUUCAACGCUGUGAAUUAUUUGGAUCGCUUCAUCUCCGUGAAUUGUACUGUGAGAUGGGAAGAUUGGAUGAUGGAGUUGCUAUCGGUGGCCUGCCUAUCCAUUGCUUCCAAGAUGGACGAGGUCUCCAUGCCUUCACUGCAUGAUCUCCAGAUGGAGGAAUUGGGGCACUCGUUUGACGCGAGAACGAUCCAGCAGAUGGAACUGACGGUCCUCAAGACGCUCGACUGGAGACUCGCAUGCAUCACGGCCUACACGUACGUGGAAGUGUUUACGUGGGGUUUAAGUCACGUCCACUCCCCGUACAUUCCUCGCAUGAUCGAUCUCCUUCUCUGCGCUUUAGUAGGUACACGAACAUCCCAUGCAUCUCGGACGAUCAUUACUGUAUCAGCGGAGACAGUCCGCCUAAUUAAUCUGACCAUGUUUUGGCUCGUCAUGGGAAUCCCAUGGCCAGACAGCAGAUUCCAGAGGUUUCAUCAGUCCACCGUGGCGGCAUCGGCUCUGCAAACCUUGGCAGGGAGCGAAGCUGCCUUCUCCCUUCUCGCCCUUCCGAAUCCUGUGCAAAACAUGAGCGAGGUGAAUGAAUGCCAGGAGAUGAUGGAUGACCUCUUAAGACGUACGCAAUUCCGUAAACAAACACCGACAGAAGAGAACGGUGUUAUCCCGUAG